UAAACAUAUUAACAACACCAACCAUAUAUUUGUGCUGUAAAAUUAAUUGCCAUCACUGGACUCAACUACUCACCCACACUUAGGCCUUAAAUUCUCCUUUGAAUUUAUGAAUUUGUCCAUCAUUUCUUGCUUCCUCUUAUCUUUGUUUUCGGGUUCCUUUAAUCCCUACCAUGAUAUAAAAGUUAGCUAAAAAUAUUGCAUUUUUCAUUAAAAUUACAAAAUAUAAUAAGAUCAAAAAUAGGGUCGGAGAAAGGGAGUAAAAUGGCGGUUUACACGGUGAAGGUGGAGGAAGCGAGGGCGGCGACGGAGAGUAGGCCAUCACUAGGAGCUGUUUAUCGCUGCAUUUACGCCAAAAAUGGCCUCACUGGUGUUCCUGAGGGCAUCGAGGCUCCUUGGGAUCUCUUUUGCAAAUCUGUAGAAAAAUAUCCGACUAAUCGUUUACUGGGUUCUCGUCAAAUCAUUGAUGGAAAGGCGGGUCCAUAUGAAUGGCUUACUUUCAAAGAGGUUUAUGAUUCAUCACUUCAAAUUGGUUCAUCUAUUAGACAACGUGGAGUUAAUCCUGGAGGUCAUUGUGGAAUUUAUGGGUCCAACUGCCCCAAGUGGAUCAUUGCUAUGCAGGCUUGCAAUAGCCAAGCAAUAUCCUAUGUGCCAUUGUAUGACACACUUGGGGCCAAUGCAGUGGAGUUCAUCAUUAAUCAUGCUGAAGUCUCCAUAGUUUUCGUUCAGGAGAAAAAAAUACCAGCUAUAUUGGCAUGCUUAUCGAAGUGUACGACCUUAAAAACCAUUGUCAGCUUUGAGAACAUCUCUGGUGCACAGAAGAAUGAAGCAGAGGAAGCUGGCGUGUCUUGUUUCUCUUGGGAAGAAUUCUCUCAAUUGGGAAUUAAAGAUUAUGAGCUUCCUUUGAAACAAAAGACAGAUAUCUGCACCAUAAUGUACACAAGUGGCACAACAGGAGAGCCAAAGGGGGUUAUUCUUACUAAUGCAGCCUUUACAGCAGAAGUGUAUGCUGUAGAAUACCUGUUUUCAGAGACAGACAAGUCGGCAAACUCGGAUGAUGUCUACUUUUCAUUUCUUCCAUUGGCUCAUAUAUUUGAUCAGAUUGUGGAAACAUAUUGCCUUUCCAAAGGGACCUCAAUAGGUUUCUGGCAAGGGGAUGUAAAGUAUCUUAUUGAGGAUCUCCAUGAAUUGAAGCCAACUAUGUUUUGUGGGGUUCCCAGGGUUUAUGACCGAAUAUAUAAUGGUAUUGUGGAUAAAAUUUCAUCCAGUGGUUCUCUCAAGAAGGGCUUGUUUGACUAUGCCUAUAACUACAAACUGCGGAAUCUGGAGAAGGGACUACGCCAAGAUGAAGCUGCGCCUCUUUUGGACAAAUUUUUCUUCAGUAAGAUCAAACAAAGCUUUGGUGGUCGAGUGCGCCUUCUGUUAUCUGGAGGAGCACCUUUGCCACGUCAUGUUGAAGAAUUUUUUAGAGUUACUUGCUGCUGUGUGGUGGUACAGGGGUACGGUCUAACUGAAAGCUGUGGAGGAUGCUUCAAUUCAAUAGCCAAUGCGUAUUCAAUGAUAGGGACUGUGGGAAUCCCCAAUACUUCUAUAGAAGCAAGACUUGAAUCAGUUCCAGAGAUGGAAUAUGAUGCUCUUUCAAGCACACCACGAGGAGAACUUUGUUUGAGAGGAAACACCUUGUUCUCUGGUUAUCACAAGAGGCCAGAUCUAACUCAAGAAGUUCUUAUAGAUGGGUGGUUCCAUACAGGUGAUAUUGGGGAGUGGCAGCCUGAUGGAUCUAUGAAAAUCAUAGAUAGGAAGAAAAACAUUUUCAAGUUGUCUCAGGGCGAAUAUAUUGCGGUCGAGAACCUCGAAAGCAUAUACUUACGCUGUAAUCUUAUAACAUCCAUUUGGGUUUAUGGCAACAGCUUCGAAUCAUUUCUUGUGGCUGUUGUUGUUCCUGAGCGAAAGGCAGUGGAAGAUUGGGCCGCUAAUAAUAACCAAACGGGUGACUUCAAAACACUCUGCGGAAAUACAAAAGCCCGAAAAUAUUUUCUGGAUGAGCUCAAUAGCACUGCUCAAAAACAUAAGCUUCGCGGGUUUGAGAUGUUAAAAGCAGUUUUCCUCGAACCUGUUCCUUUUGAUAUUGAACGGGAUUUGAUGACUCCAACCUUCAAAAUGAAGAGGCCUCAGUUGCUCAAACACUACAAGGAAGUGAUCAACGAGAUGUAUAGCAAAGUAAAGGGAUCAAAAGCGUGAGACGAGCUGGAAAACGAAAGGAAUAUCGAGGCAUGGAGAUCCAAUCCUCCGAACUAGAUAAUAGUUGUACAAGUUACCAUAUAUAGAUUCUAGUCUAUGUCGUAAUUCGAAUUGUUCAUUGAUACAACCUGGGUUUUAGAAUGUCAUAACCAGUAACUAUACCUUAGCUUCCUUAGCAUUGGCUGUUUGAUCAUGAUAAAUAGUAUAUGCUCCUACUAUCUUUUGGUCUUGAA